CAGAUGCGCUUGGUGCUCCGGGCAGCAGCGCUGGGGCUGGUGUUCGCGUGUGUUGGUGUGAGCGGUUUGUUUGCUCUCGCGGGGAGGCCCGGCCCUCACUGGAUAAUAAAAGGACUCCAGGCGAGGCGGGCAGAGCGAGGCCCUGCACAAUCAGGGCAGCGUGUGGGCCAGAGAGGGGAGGAAGGAAGGGAAGAGGGAAGAAUAGAGGUGAGGGGCUGUCUGGUUGUGGGAGCAGGAGGCUCGGAGAGGAAGCCGAACAGCUGUGGUAUUCGGAGUGAGUAUAAAUAGCCACCCUGACAGAGCUGGGCCAGCAGGGGUUUGCAGCUGCAGCGGCUCUGGCUCUGCGGGCAGGCCUGUCCACCGCCGGCCACAGCAGUGCGCGCCAGGCACAGGGCUGGGCAGUGGGCAGGCGCAGCCCCAGGGGGCUCUAACCAGAUACCCCUCACCAUCACUGCGGCUGUAGAUGCUCUCCCGUCCAGCCAUGCUGGUAGGCAGCUUCUUCCUCAUGGUGGUCACCAUGACUGCAGCCCAACGUAGGGGGCAAGAGGCGGGCGUGCGUCGCCGGGCACAUCGAGUCCAGCACGGCCAGUGCAGCUACACUUUCGUGCUACCAGAGCCUGAGCCCUGCCCGCCAGAGCCUGAGGUCUUUGGAGGCCCCAAUAGCCUCCAGAGGGACUCUCCGGCCACCACGCUGCACCUGGGGGACUGGCCAGCCCAGCGAGUGCGACAGCUGGAGAAGGUGCUGGAGAACAACACGCAGUGGCUGCAGAAGCUAGAGAAGUACAUCCAGAUGAACUUGAGGUCGGAGCUGGCACAGGCCCAACAGCACAUGGUCCAGAACCAGACAGCCACCAUGCUAGAGCUGGGCACUAGCCUCCUGAACCAGACCACCGCCCAGACCCGCAAGCUGACCCACGUGGAGGCUCAGGUCCUGAACCAGACAUCCCGGAUGGAGAUCCAGCUGCUGGAGACCUCACUGUCCACCAACAAGCUGGAGAAGCAGCUGCUGCUGCAGGGCCACGAGCUCCACCGGCUGCAGGGCCGCAACAGCUUGCUGGAGACGCGGGUGCAGGCACUGGAGUCGCAGCAGCAGACGGAGCUGGAGAGCCUCCGCGGAGAGAAGGAGCGGCUGCGGCGCCUGCUGGGCCGCCAGAGCGGCGCCCUCGCGGGCCUGGAGCGCAGCCUGCGCGCCGCCAGCAGCAACUCCAGUCUCCUGCAGCGGGAGCGGCGCCAGCUGCUGGAGUCGGUGCAGCGCCUGGUGCGCGCCGUGGCCCAGGGUCCGGCCUCGGUGAGGACAGCUGAGCAGGUGUUCCAGGACUGUGCAGAGAUCCAGCGCUUCGGGGCCAACACCAGUGGUGUCUACACCAUCCAUGUGGCCAAUAUGACAGAGCCCAAGAAGGUGUUCUGUGACAUGGAAGCCAAUGGAGGCGGGUGGACCCUCAUCCAGCGCCGUGAGAAUGGCAGUGUGAAUUUCCAGCGAAACUGGAAGGAUUACAAACAGGGCUUCGGCGACCCAGCCGGAGAGCACUGGCUGGGCAACGAGGUGGUGCACCAGCUCACCAGUGGGGCAGCCUACUCCCUGCGUGUGGAGCUGCAAGACUGGGAAGGCCAUGAGGCCUACGCCCAGUAUGAGCAUUUCCAGCUGGGCAGCGAGGGGCAGCUUUACAGGCUUUCUCUGAGUGGAUACAGUGGCUCAGCGGGGCGCCAGAGCAGCCUGGUCCUGCAAGGCACCAACUUCAGCACCCGCGACGCAGACAACGACAACUGCCUCUGCAAGUGUGCCCAGAUGCUGUCUGGAGGGUGGUGGUUCGAUGCCUGUGGCCUCUCCAACCUCAACGGCAUCUACUACCCGGCUCGCCACCACGCACGCAAGCUCAACGGCAUCCGCUGGCACUACUUCCAGGGCCCCAGCUACUCGCUGCGCGCCACCCGCAUGAUGGUGCGGCCCGUGGGCGUCUAGUAGGGACCAGACCACACAGGAGGAGCCAGACUCAGUACCCAUGGACAACCUGGGCCCAACACAGGCAUGGUGCCAGGGGCUUGUUCUGGAAGCCCUGGAUCUCCAAGCCAGCCCUCCUUGCCCCAGAAGUCCAGAGAGUCAAGUGCUUCCCUGCUCCCCUCAAUUUGUGAACUUCUAGGUGUUUGGGGCACCCCACACCCCUCUGCUCUCCUGCCUCCUGCGGGGACUCUGUGCCAGCUUGAAGGUUAUAGGACCCCAAAUGAGCUGAGAACAAACAGCAUUCGCUCCUUAAAGGAACACUGACCAAUGGAAGGAGCGGGACGAGUGGGAAUGUUCACAGGCAGGAUGCUGCUCAGACGGAGGCCGGAUUCUGUCCCUGGGCCGUCUGGGAAGAACAGCUCCCGUUCCAGGCUCCCCGUCCAAGCCUUCCUAGCCUUGGCGUGUCCUUGGACUUCCUUCCCAAGUUUGAAGCCCCCAGAGGGAAUUAGUAUUUCUCCUCCAUGUUCCACCGCUCCAAGGCUCACAGUCAGACAUGGCCUCUCAGGGGCCUCCGGGCUCUGAGAGGGAUGCCUUUACCCAGCACGUCUGAGAGUUCAAAGUGCCUGGGACGGAAUGAGAGAAGGAAACAGCACCUUAGCUCAAAGCAAAUGGGCAUUCUGAGCCGCAGAACUCUUCAGGACCUUUAAUAUGGUCACGGGCCUCGUGACUGCCUGCUGAAGGGCUGGAGUGGGCCCUUUCUCCACGUCCACUCUGUUUUUCAUUGCCAGAAGCUGUGUGCACUUCCGAGAGAGACAGAGAGACAGAGAGAGAGCGAGAGAGCUCACAUCCUCACCAUGGGUCUGGCCAUACCACAAUGCUUUUCCUGCACUCCUCCUCCUGCCCAUCAGGAUUUGGGCAUGUGCUCUCACAAGUCCAGUGUGUUUUUCAAGCUGGCUAGGGCUGGGAUUCAAACUGCAGUCAGUCCUGUGGAUGUAGCUCCCCUAACCACUAGGCAAUGGGGCUGGGCUUGUCCAAAUCUACUUAUUGAAAAUGGCCCUGUUUGUCCCAAAACAUCUCUUGGGGUUGGUGCUCACCUCAGGAGGAGAAGCUACUAGGCCAUGCCCCCCGCCCCCAGCUCUCUCACCCCUUUUAGCUGCAAGAGCUACAGUGACAAACUCAAACAGCCUCUAAAACCAAACGGAAGGGAACGUGGGUUAAAACAGACACCCACUGUCCCUGGAGAAGGGUCUAGAACUGAGCCCUGCCUGUGCCAAGGGCUGGCGUGCUCUAGUCUCCUUCUGGCCCCAGGAAGCCAGCUCUCUGCUGGUGUGGCUGUCCUUGGGACUCCUGGCCAACCUAGCUCAUGCACCCUCAAGUACAGGGACUGUCCAGUCCCAGGUCUGGAUCCUUCUUGCCUCCAAGCCUGAACCCCUGGGCCCUCCUUCCUGCCUCCUCCAAUCAUGUUGCAGCAUCUGGGGGUCCACCGUGGGGAAGAAAGGGUCAGUGCCUGAGUCUGGGAACCCAGAGGCACCUCAUGAGCUUCUUCCAGAGGCUGGAGCCAGAGAGGAGGCAUAGCCACCCUGCCACCCACCUCUACCGUGUCACCCUCAGCCUCCUGCCAAGACGCAUCUUCAGAUUUCUCCAGGAGAGGCCGGGCCAGAAGGAAUGGGACACCCUCACCCCACCUGGCUCUGCCCCAGUUCCCCACCCCGCCCCACUCCACCCCACUCUCAGCCAAUCAAACCCCUGGGCAAACCCAACACAGACUUACUUUGAUCUCCUUAAAGGGAAACAGCACUUUGUACUCCUCAAUGCCUAAAAGACCUGGUUGCUAAUGGUGGCAUUCCAGGUGACAUGGGGAAAGUCCUUAGGACACUGGCUGCCCAGAAAGCUCCAAGUGCCCAAUGCAGCAUUUGCCCAGAGACUAUUUAGCAUCGGCUGUGUACGGGGUGGUGUGGGGGCAAGGCGGGCGUCCCACACCUGCUCCAGCUCUGAGGCCUUAGGCCAGUGCUUCUAUCUCUCACGCUCUGGUCCAUUGUCAAUGCCUCGGUUUUCUUGUCUGUAAAUCGGAGAUAAUGCUCCCUCCUCACUGCCGUAAGGCAGGAGGAACUGAGACCAUCUGUGCAAACUUCUUACCAGAGCUGGCUGAGCGGGUGAUAGAGAAUAGCAGUCACCAAGAGGGGAAGGGCGAGGAAGGCGAUCCCCCCCCCCGCCCCGUUUUUUGUUUUGUUUGGUUUGGUUUGGGUUUUUUUU